AUGAUGGAGUUAUGUUGGUUACUUUCAUAUUUCUUCUCCUCUAAAGUUUUAGAUCUUGAGACUGUGGAGUUUCAGGUUCUCAAACGGAGUGAGUUGUAUGAGAUAAGAGAAGUUGAGGCGAGUCGUAGCCGUUGCUCUUCCCAUUCCGACGAGUCAAAGCCGCUGCUCUUCCCAAGAUCUUCUUCAUUUCUUCGAACAUGGCAGAAACGACGACAUCUACUAAUGAGGUCGACUGACUGGGAGAGCGAACAACUUGAGCGAGAUAAACCGCCGAUGUCUUCUUCUUCUUCGUUCUUAUCUCCUUCUAAUCUGUUUUGCGAUUGCGGUUUGAGAGAUCAACUACGCACAUCCAAGACUCCAUCAAAUCCCGGUAAGAAGUUUCAUGGAUGCAAGAAUUGGCAGAAAGGGGGUUGUAAGUUCUUUAAAUGGGAAGAUGAAGCAAAUAGCUCGAACAAUCAGCUUCUGGCCAAUGAAUUGAUUGAACUCAAGAACAAGAUGUUACUGCUUGAAGCCGAGAACAAAAAAAUGAAGGAGAGUGUUGAACUCCAAUUUCAUGCGCAGGACAUUUAUGUGGAAGAAUUUUCCAAAAUUCGACAAAAAAUCUGGAAGCUCGAAGUGUUUGUUGCUGCAACAUGGGUUCUGUUCAUCAUUUUUAAUUUUGUCAAGUGGUGA